AUGGGAAGGAAAAAAAUUCAAAUCUCAAGAAUUGAAGAUGAGCGAAAUCGACAGGUAACCUUCACAAAGAGAAAAUUUGGUUUGAUGAAAAAAGCGUACGAGCUAAGCGUAUUAUGUGAUUGUGAAAUUGCUCUGAUAAUGUUCAGCGGCACAAACAAGUUAUUUCAGUAUGCAAGCACAGAUAUGGACAAAGUGCUUCUCAAGUACACCGAAUACAGCGACCCACACGAAAGCAGAACGAACAAGGAUAUCAUCGAUGUUUGUGCAAUAUUUUUUUAA